AUGGAGUCUGAGAAACCAAGUUUCGAACCGUUUCGGCUGUUUUCAUCAUCAGGGUCGGGAUUUCUUGAACAAUCAGAGCCCCCUCUUCCCCCUCCGCCUCCUUGCGUCGAAGUGUUGCCCUCCGAGAUUUUGCCCUCUGUGAAGUACACUGUGGAGCCAGUGGAGUUGGGUGGACUUACUUUCCUCAAGGGCCGCGUUAGUACUCAAGAGGUUUUCACGCUAUCCAACUCCGAUUUAGUUCCUGGGAAAUAUGAAGGGGGAUUAAAGCUAUGGGAAGGUUCUCUUGAUCUAGUUAAAGCUCUUAGCUCUGAAGUUCAAAAUGGACAUUUAUCGUUUACCGGUAAACGAGUUUUAGAGCUUGGUUGUGGUCAUGGACUUCCUGGUAUCUUUGCUUGCCUUAAGGGUGCAGCUGCCAUUCAUUUCCAGGACUUCAAUGCGGAGGUCCUGCAGUGUCUCACCAUACCUAAUGUAAAUUCAAAUGUUCCAAGCUUCCAACCCCCAGCACUGCAAGUUACAAAGUGUGAUGCGGGGAUGGAAAUUCGUUUUUUUGCUGGCAACUGGCGUGAAAUCCAUAAGCUUCUUCCCUAUGCACAAAACAUUGAGAAGGAUUUUAAUGUGAGUACAGGGAAAAGUCUAGAUGCUCAGUAUGAUAUUAUUUUAAUGGCAGAGACAGUUUACUCGAUCUCUGCUCUCCCACAUCUCUAUGAACUCAUAAAGAAGUGCAUAACUCCUUCUCAUGGAGUAGUAUACAUGGCUGCCAAGAAGCAUUAUUUUGGAGUUGGUGGGGGAACUCGAAGGUUCCUAUCUAUUGUGGAGAAAGAUGGGGUCUUGGCUUCUAGCAUGGUCGCUGAAGUUGCAGAUGGUUCUUCUAAUGUCCGAGAGGUAUGGAAGCUUUCGUUUAAGUAG